AACGUUCACACCAAGACCCGUCAAAGUAUUGCAGGAUAGGCCUGGGGUAGACCGAAAGCUUUGGCCUCGACAGUGCUCUGGCGCUAGACCAUUUCGUCCCCGAGCCCUAGUUUGGCUCUCCCUGCAGCUUAAUAACCGCGAUUCCCUGUCUAGCGACUAUCUGAACCCUCAACGAGGCGCAGCGCGCCUCGGCCAGCUUCGGCCUGGGUCCGCGAGCUCUCGCGAGGCAGCAUGAGCGCGCCUUCGGACGGCACCAGCAUGGAUGCGCAGCUGUCCGUGCAGGACCGCCUGGGUCCAAGAAAGCUAAUUAAUCGCACGGAGUACGUGCGCCUUCUUGAGCAAGCCCUGCAUCGCUUGGGCUACCCCGAUGUCGCAAACCUGCUGGAGCAGCAGGCGGGCGUCCAGAUGCAGCCGCCCGCAGCCAGCCGCUUCCAGGCGGCGGUGCUGGGCGGGCGCUGGGAGGAGGCGGCGGCGCUGCUGCCCGGCCUCACGCCGGCCGCAGAGGUGGUGCGGGAGGCGAGGUUCCUGAUCCUCCAACAGAAGUAUCUGGAAGCGCUGGAGGCGCAAGACCUCACUACAGCCCUCACAGUGCUGCGGUGCGAGAUGGCGGCGCUGGCGGCCGGAGGCGGCGGCGGCGGCGGCGGGAGUGAGAAUGGAGCAGCGGGCGGCGGGGCCGCGAAUGGGGUGGCGGCGGCUGGAGAGCCGGGGGCGGCAGCAGCAGCAGCAGGAGGAGGGGAAGGGCCGGCGGCGGCUGGGGCUGCGGCAGCGGUGAACGGGGUGGCGGCGGGUGCGGCGGGUGCGGGCCCGCAGCAGCAGCAGCAGCAGGCGGCGCUGGGUGCUGUGGGGCAGGCGGUGGUGCAUGAGCAGCAGCUGCACCACCUGGCAGCGCUGCUGCUGUGCCCUGCCUCCGGCGACGCCGCCGCGCGGGCCGCCUGGCUGGGCGGCGGGCGGGCGCACCGGCCGCACCUGCUGUCGCUGCUGCAGGCCCGGCUGCCUCCGCACCUGAUGAUCCCCGAGGGGCGGCUGGAGGUGCUUGUGGAGCAGGCGCUGGAGGCGCAGAUCCAGCGCUGCCCCUACCACAACGCGCCCGAGGGGCGGCUGAGCCUGCUGGCGGACUUCCGGGCAGGCGUGGAGUGCCUGCCCACAACCACCGUGCAGGUCCUGGAGCAGCACAGCGACGAGGUGUGGCACAUUGCCUUCUCGCACGACGGCUCCAUGCUGGCCACAGCGAGCAAGGACCGCACGGCUGUGUUGUGGGCGGUGCGCCCCUCACCCCUCCCCACCACCACCACCCCCGGCACCACCACCACCACUCCUAGCAGCGCCUUGACCUCAGCAGCCUCCGCACCUGCCUCCAGCUCCCCACAAACAGCAACCGGCCUACCCAACCAACCCAACAACCAACCCAACCAACUCAACAACCAACAGCAGCAGCAGCAGUACCUGACGCCGCUGCAUGUGCUGGGCGGGCACAGUCAGCCGGUGGCGUUCCUCAGCUGGAGCCCCGACGACCGCCGGAUCAUCACGUGCAGUGAGGAGAUGCUGCGUGUGUGGGAUGUGGCCACGGGGCAGAUGCUGCACUGCUUCAGCCACCACCGGGAGUCGGUCACCUGCUGCGCCUGGCUGCCCGACUGCCGGCGCCUGGUGUCGGGCGGGGCGGACCGGGCGGUGUGCCUGGUGGACGGCGUGGCCGGGCGGGAGCUGCAGCGCUGGAAGAGGCCGUACAGGGUGCAGGACCUGGCAGUGACCCGUGACGGCGCCGUACUGGUAAUGGCCUCCAGCGACCGCCGCGUGCACCUGAUGAGGCUGGCGGACACACGGGAGGCGGCGCUGCCGCCGGAGCCCGCCCCCAUCACCAGCCUGGCCCUCUCCCCCGACGGCCGCCUGCUGCUUGUGGCGCUGCAGACCUGCACCGUGCGCCUGUGGGCUCUGGGCGGCGCCGCCGGGCCGCACAGCCCCGCGCUGGACCUGGGGCCGGACCCGCUUGAGCAGCUGCCCGCGGCGCCCGCGGCGGAGUACAGUUUCAACGAGGGCCGCCCAAGCCGCUUCGUGCUGCGGUGCGGCUUCGGCGGCAGCGGCGGCGCCUUCGUGGUGCAUGGCAGUGACGAGGGGCUGGUGUAUGUGUGGCACCGUGACGGCGGCGGCGGCGGCGAGCCGCUGCUGCGCCUGGCCGGCCACUCCGCCACAGUCAACGCGGUGGCCUGGAACCCCGCCAACCCUUACAUGCUGGCCUCCGCCUCAGACGACAAAACCGUCAGGGUGUGGCUGGCGGCGGCGGCGCAGCAGGGCGGCGGCGGCCCGGCGGCGGCGGCGGCUCGCAAGGCACUGCCGCUGCUGCAGUUCGCACCCACAGCCAAUGGCGGCGGCGGCGGCGGCGGCGGCGCAGUUGGUAUGGACGUGGCUGUGGGGGGAGGAGCUGCGGCGAUGGCCGCUGAGGGUUAGGAGGCGGUGUGAGGGGGGAGGGGGGCUGCAGGGCAGCGGACGCAGAGAGGCAGGGGCAAGGGCAUUGGUCGGCGACAAAGACGGUGACAGGGGCAGUGGUGGUGGGAGAGGUGACUGAGACUGACUGAGGUGACUGAGACUGAUGAGACUGAGACGGAUAGGGAGGGAGCAGAAGGAUGGCGGGAGGAUGGUGGUGGUGGUGAUGGUGGUGAUUGGUUGCCUGAUGAUCAGGCGGGCAGCAGCAUUGCGGCGGGGUGAGCAGGCGCAGGUGUGUGGGUGUGUGGGGUGUGUGGGAGGGGAGCAGGCGGAGGAGCAGGAGGAGCAGGGGGAUGAGCAGCACGGUUUUUUUUCCCGGUGUUCCGGACAGGCUGGCUGACUGUUAGUGAGUGAAGGCAGCGCAUGGAUGGCCGGAUGGGGUGGUGUGCAGUUGGCAGUUGGCAGCAGGGGUUUGUGCGCUUGGGGGAAAAGAGGCCAAAGCAGGGUGGGCGGGGGGAGGGGGGCGGCCCCUGUGUACCACGUAAUGCUGCGUGUACUUUACAGACAGCAACAACGCAACUACGCUCACGACCUUUCUUAUGUCGCCUUUUUACGCGUAUGACACGCGUGAGUGCCCGCGCGUGCGGGGCAUGUGUCUGUGUGUGGGGGGAACCGUGCCCACAAUUCUUUGGCGAUGAUCGCGCGUUUGUGUCGGUGUCUGGUGUCUUAAUUGUGAGUGUGGCUCACAUGUCAACGCGUGCAGCGGGGCUGUGCGUGUUGGGUGGGGCUGUUUGUGUGGGGGGGUCGCACCGAGUGCAAAUGCUGCUCCCUCCCGUUCUGCUGAGGCUGUGGCUCUAGUGGGGUCCGGUUGGCUGGGUGGUGGCUGGUGGGUGGCUUCGUUGCUCGCAGCACUGCCGAAGGAGGUGUGGGGGGGAGCAGGGCGGGGCGGGGAGGUCAGCAGGGGGGGGGGAGGCAUACACGCGUGUAAGAGCACACACAG